AUGCUGUCGUCAGUCGAGGAGCUUGGGGAAAUAGAUAGACAGAUCGAGGAGGUCAAUGAGAAGCGUAGCGAGCUGGCCGGUCAGUUACAGCUGCAAACGCAGCAGGAAGAGGAGUUGCUCACACAGUUGGACGCGGUGAACGAGCAACUCGGCGAAGUGGCAGAAGAGGUGGGCCGCGCGCGGACGUGCGCAGAUGUGGAGCAACUACGCAUCAAAUAUGGCCCUCUUGCGGUGUUAGCUCAGUUGGAACAGCUGUUCCGCGAGCGGGACGCGCGCGCCGGCGCGGUGCAGGCGGCGGACGCGUUGCAGCGUGCGAUGGACGUACUGAGCAAGCUGGAAACGCGCACAUAUACAUUGGAGUCGCUCCAGGAGCUGCGCGAGCUUCAUUCCACCAUCCGCGAUGUGGCAGCGCAGGUGCCUGACGAAGAGGCCACCGCCCGUGCAUACGCACGUUUCAACGCGCUCGUGGAGCGAAUCGGCCGCGAGAGCGCGCAGAUAUUCGAAAAAGAGCUCCUAGCGGCCAAAUGGGACACUCAACAGUUCGUGCGCACCGAAUCGGCAAUGCAGCACCUACGUGAGCUCUCGAGCAGCCUCUACAGUCUUAAUGAACUGUUGCUGCCGCAUGCAGAUUCUGACGCGAUGUGGAACUUUGAUUGCAUGGCAAACAACUUCAAAAUCAAGUUUAUUUACCAUUUCAAUGGCAGCUCCAUGCAACAGACGCAGUCCAUUGAAAUGUACUUCCAAUUCCUCGACAAAUAUCUCGACCAGAAUUUAUGUAAAUGCAUUGAGAUAUUUCAAGAUGAAAGGGCGGGAGUCACACCGGGGCUCGUCCAUCAGCAAUUCAUUAACCGCGUGCUGGAGCCAAUCCGCCACAAAGUAAACUCCACUAUGGUAAAGACAGCGCAAACGCAUUCCAAAGAAGGUCUCAACACCAUGCUGGUUCUCAUCUCGCAGGUCUUUAUCAACGACAAUGCUCUGUUGAAGAAACAUUAUUACGACGGAGUUGGUCUGGUGUCCAUGAUCCCCAACCAAAUUCUAGACAAGUGGCUAGCGUUUGAAACAGACUCCACCACGGCCCAAUAUUCAAAAAUAUGCAACGGACCAUUGAAUAGAAAUGGCUUUGAUCUACAGAAACUGCUACUAAAUUUGUAUGAAUACUUUGAACCCUUUUACAACCUUGAUUACGACAGACUGAUGGAUUACAAGUUCAAGAUCACAAAAGAGAUUUUCAUGGAUCUACCAAGCAAUUACAGAAAGUACAUUCUGACCCAUGGUGACGAUAGGGCUCCUUCCUAUAUUGAUGAGUCUCAACUUGAGCAGACCUUGUGGAAACUGCACAAUUUGGUACUGAUUCAACAAUUGCUUCAGGAGUUCGAAAAUAAGUUCAACUUCAUCAAUUUAACGCUCUAUUUCAAUGAUCUUACGUCUUCUUCGUACAGCACUGUAUUGAGUGACGUUUUGGGAUCUUAUGAGGAAGCCAUCGUGACUCUUAGGGAGUCAGUUAUACACCGGAUCAAAAAAAUGUUGAGCUCUACUUUAAGGGUUUACUUCAAGGUAAAUGAUUGGUCAACUAUCACUCCAGAACCAGAGCAAUGCAGCUCAGAAUUGGUUGGGGCUGUGAAUUUGUUGAAAAAAAUCUUUAUUACUAUGACACAAUUCGAUCUGACCGUUGAUAUACCGCUCAUCAUCAAGAAUGAGGUUUUAAAUAUCAUUAUACACUUUAUGGUGGAUUAUGUGGUAAACUUGAACAAAUUCAGCGAAAUGGGGCUGCAACAAUUAUUGAUAGAUUAUGAUUCUUUGAAAGAAACUCUCAAUUUUGAAGUCGAACAGGAUCCUCAAAAUGCAGAAGAGGCUGCAUUUUUCGAAACUAUAGCAAUCUUAAAACUUAAGCAUCAGGCUCCUAACACAGCAACCAAAUUCAUGACAAAGGAGUAUGUGGAAAAACGUGAUUUUGCUGAAUUUCGAAGCGCAUUAAAUAUUAUUUACUCCACCGAUAGUGAAAUUUCCAGUGCACUUUAUAGAGUUUUAUAA